CUGGACGAGAGGGAGCGAUUGGGCAGCAUCGCUUGGAGCAGCAGUGAGAUCCACAACGGGACCACUAUCGUCCACACUUGGGACGGUCAGAGUGCCGACCUCAGUAGCAUGGGAAGGAGACGGUGCCCUCUUCGUCUUCUUGGUGACGUUCAGGUCGGCCUCAGUCAAUUUCUUCUGGCCGUCAGUUGGAGGCCUCUUCUUCUUGGACUGGGCAGGCUUCGGGGCCGCACCAGCAGUAGCCCCGCCUCCCUCGGCCGCGGCACGUCUAGCCGCCUCAGCCGCCUUUGCAGCCAACUCCUCGGCCGCCUUGGCCUUGGCUAUAACCAUGAUUGAACGGCGAUCCAUGGCAAAAUCUACACAAAGGAAAACGAACAGAUUAGCAAGGAAAAAGAACGAAUAACAAAGGAAGAAAGCCGAAGAAAGAAUUACCAUCGGCCUCAGCAGGAAUGCCCAAAUCCGGGCCGUCGGCCUCUUCGAAAGUGGUGGUCAUCCUCGGCCAAAGUUGGAUAUCGUCCUCCUUGUCGCCAUACACAUGGUAUCUUAAGAAGCCGAGGGCGGUCAUCUUGUAUUCGGUGAUGUAGUCUUUCACGCUCCUCGGCCCCCCUUCCAAGAACGCCUCCACCUGAGCGUCCAAGAUAGAACUCUUCGGCGGGUCGUGCAGAUUGAACCUCCCGGUAUGGCCGAGAGAGGGAAACUCAGUGCCAUUCUCACCAAGGGAUACAAAAACGAACUUGCUCUUCCACCCAUGAAUGGACGAAGGCAAGUCCGUGAAGCUCCUCUUCUUCGGCAGCUGUUGGAGAGUAGCAUAGGCUGCACAGUUUUUGUGGCUUCCUCGGCCUAUCUGAUACAGAUUCAUGAACAGAGUCGUCGUCGGCCUGUAACCCAGCUCCUCGCAGCGGAGCAAGAACCCCACCAUCAACGAGUUGCUGUUCGGCGUCAGCAAGGCCGGAGGGAGCCCCACCAUGUCAAGAUAUUCGGUGAUGAAGGGAUGAAGGGGAAACCUCAGCCCCUUGGCGAAACUCAUCGGGUAUACUCCAAAGUAUCCCGGUGGCGGAUGAAGUACAUGGUUCGUCGGCCUGGGUGCCCUAACCCGCCCGAACGGCCCCACGUACAUCUGGGCAACCAAGUAGUUAGCCGCGCUGCUCUCCGGCUUGAUCAAGAAUAUAUUUGUGAGGUCCAGGUAAGAGAGGCCCGGCCCGCUCUUCGGCCUCCUUAUUCUCUUCGGCUUAUCUGCUCCCUUAACGGCAGACACCGGUCUCGGGCACGGAAUAACAGCUGAAGUGGACGCUCCAUCCACCACUCAGGACACAGCUGCGUCCUCACCUUUUGAAGAUGAGGCGGACUCCUCGUCCUCACCUUCGUCGUCCACCGGCUCUCCGGACUUGUAAGGACUUAAAUGCUGUAUCUCUUCCUCGAACUCCUCAAGCACCUCAUAGUCGAGUGACCUAGUGGAGGGCUGGUCGUCGUACGGAUAGUACUCUUCGUCUAAGCUCUUCAUCAUAACAACUACUACGAGCCUAAGGGGAAUAACUUAGGAUCUAAGGGUGUUCAAGCGCCUAACACUAGAUCACUAGCCUAGGAAGCAAAGUAUGCAAAGUACAGGAGAUUGCGAUGAACACUAACCUUGAACACGAAGAACACGAAGAACACGAGCUUGGGAGUUUAUCUCUCUAGAAAUUUGGCCAGCACUUCGACAACUCAGAUUGCAAAUGAGGUUUCUCGUCGGAGGGGGAGGGGUAUUUAUAGAACCCCCCACCCAACGGUCACUACACGUGGCACCCUCCCAAUGGCCACAUCAACGGCCACCAAUAGGAGGCCACCACGUCACCAAUGGGCCAAGCCCAACCUACAUAUCAAGAGCCCACUGGCAAAACAGACUCUACGGCCUAUACACUUGCCGGCUUCACAAGCGCCAGCAAGCGCCCACAACGGCCUAUUUGCUUGCCAAGUUCACAAAUGCCAACAAUAAGGAGAUGACAACGGCCAGGAACGUCAUUAACGCCCAUCGGCCCUCCGUAACGACCCUUGAUGAUAACUCUCUACAAGCGAUCUGCGCACAAGGGUUCUCCCACAAGGUUACCUUGGCCAGAAAAUCGCCAUGAGGGUUGGAGUCAGGGGGACUACGGAGAGACCGCUUCGUCCAGGGACUCUAGCAACUCCUUCACCCCUCACUCUCUUCGGCCUGAAGCAGUGGGGGACUGGGGGACUACAUCGGCCUCAACAAAACAAAAAGGAAAAAGGAAAAGAACAAUGUAACCACAAAGCAUGGCCACAUCGUCCAUGUCGGCCAAAGGCACAUAACGACAUCAGCAACGGCCAACUGGCCACCUAAGGCAAGGACACUCAUCGUCCUCCGCCACAGUUAAUCAUAAUGGGCUCUUCGGCCAAGAACACGAAAGCCAAUCAGCGACGGCCAACCUCAGUGGCCUCGUCGGCCCAAACGUAAACUUCAACCAUCAACGUCCAAGAAAGGGAAAGCGCGCCUUCAACGGCCACCAUUGGAGCAGGACACUCAUCGUCCCCAAAUGAACACAUCAAGAAAACAACGGCCUCCCCGUCCACAGCGAGGAGCAGGUAACGGUCAAAGCACAGAACAGGAUCACCAAAAUGGAAACAGCGCCAGCGCCGCAACAGCUAACGGCCUGGGAGUGCCCGCAUCGGCCAAAAGCGCCAAAACACGGGAAUCUACUCUCCUUCACUUCGUCUACAUCUCAGCUUAGAGAGUGGGGGACUCCUGAUGGAGUAUAUGGGUCUGAGCCCCAGGACCCACAUACUCAGAAGAGCAGCAAGCACAAGGCACCGAGUGGCGCCCACGUCGGCCAAGGGACCCCCGUCGGCCGAGAAGGUGCCAACUCAGAUUAUGGUCCUGAAGCCAAGGAACCCGGGUGCCCUCGUCGGUCGUGCCCUCGUUGGCCGCGCCCUCGUCGGCCAUGAAGACCUCACAGAACCGGAUUCUACACUUACUCAUUUGUACAGCCCAUUAGUGCCUUUGUAUUCGGCCCCGUAGCGGUCCAGUUGUAAAUGAGCCUCCCAAACCCAAGGCUUGGGAGCCCAGCCCGUAUUUUCUCUAUAAAUACUCCCCUUGGGAGUAGUUAUAGGGGUUACAAAAUCAUUCUAUUGAAGCAUAUUAUUGCAUUUCUCUCUCUAGAUAUACUCUAUCAAAUAGAUUAAAUACCAUUUGUUAGCCAUUUUUGGCAUUUUAUUGUAACUGGGCCUUCCAGGCCCAAGCCUGGAGGCCCAGCCCACUUUUCUCCUAUAAAUACUCCAUAUGGGAUCCAUGUAAAGGGUUGGAAAUUCAUUAUAUAUAUCACUUUAUCCCUCUAGCUCUUCCUUCUCUCUAGGAGUUAAUACUCCAUCAUUUGGUGCUUUCAUUGAGAGCUAGAACAAAUCAAGUGAGAUCCUCCCAAUCCUUUAAUGGCAAGAGGCCGCCUCGGUCCUAGCUAGGGUAACAUUACCCCUAGACCAGAAAUUGCUUCACUCCUAUUACAAUUCAAUUACAACCUUACAAGACCGUACGGCCGUCAAGGCGAGGUGGCACAUGUGACAAAAAAUCAAACUAUGUGCGACAAACAAAUGAGAGUGACACAUCUCACAUGAUGCCACCCAACUAAAUGGAGUCCCAACUACACCUUCCGCCAAAACAAAAGUAAAACAGGGGGCAGUCCCUCGUCCAACGACCUGGCAACCCCCAAGUACAAACCUUCAAACCAAAGUCCAGGUUCUAAACAAAAGAAAGCGGACGCCCCAAGCUAUCCUUCGUCCAAACGAGACCCUCAUCCUCGAGCAGCAGGUGGCUCCUCUUCGGCCAAAUGUCGGCCAAGUUUCGCCACGGCCAAAUGGGACCCUCAUCUUCGGGUAGCAGGUGGCUUUCUCUUCGGUCAAACAAAACAAACCAUCGGUCAACCUGGGAAGGAGCAGCCCCUCAUCUGAGAGCCCUCACCCCAACCAGCUACGUCACAGUCCCUUCCGCCAAGGACACCACCUCAUCCAUCCCAACUUGGAGCCAACAGUCCACACAUCGGCAAAAGAGGAUCCACGUCGGCCAGGUAUCAUCACCAACCUUGGCGAUAGAGGACCUGCGUCGGCCAGAUUACGUCUUAAGAGAAGCAACACUGAAAGCAGAGCCUCGUCUCCACCAGGUGCACACCGUCGUCCGAAAACCCUCCCUCGGCCAAGGUGAGCAGAAUGAAAACAACUAAGCAGGGCCCUGUCCUCAAUCGGGUGACUAGCUCGAUAGCCAUGUCGUCGGCUAAGGGAGACUCUUCCGUCUAAGUUGAACGGAGGGUAGGCAGCGUGCUUCACCCCUCGUCCUGGGAACAGCAAGGGCCCACUCCGGCCAAGAUAAACACACACAUCCGCCGGCAGUGCAUCAUCGGCCAACACUCCGGGCUUCUGCCAAAAUUCAAACCAAAGGAAAAACAGAGAUAGUUACCUCCUUCAUCCCGGGUCACAUCGGCCUAAACAGGGUCACCUUCGGCCAGUCAGAAUCAGAAUCACUUCGGUCUGACAACGGAGCCCCCUGCGACGGCGGCGCACCGGCGGCCAAAUCGGCGGACCCUCGGCCAGAGAAGAAACCCCCUCGUCACUGCGUCGUCCCUGGUCCCACAUCGGCCAAAACAACGACUCUCAGAUUUCUCAACACACCGGCCAUGUAACCCAGGCCAAACAAUUGUGGGAGACAGCACCCCGGCCAAACCAUAAGGAACACAAUGCCUCGGCCAAAACAAAAUGAAGAGUAAGAUGCCUCGGCCAACCCACGUUUUCACUCCUACGACAAAGGGGAAAAUAUCAGUGUACCCCUUUGGCCAUUGUAGCGCCUCGUCGAACAUAGACUCCUCGGUCAAAUAGGUUCUUCGUUCGAAAUCGGAGUCAACUUCGACCAGAGCAGGACCCUUGUACACCGUCGCCCCUGGCUCUCGUCGGCGUCGAAUCGCGGACCCACCGGCCAAGUCAUGGUCUCCCGGCCAGAGUGGGAGACCCUUGUCUAACACGCAGUCUUGAUUCCCACCGGCCCUAGAUCGAGGACCCGUCACCCAAAUCGUGACCUCCCGUCCAGACGACGGUGUGCUAACAGCGCAACCCGCCCCCGGAGGCAGUCUUCCGCCUUGGCUUCACGAUACAACAAGCUUAAUUCAGGCGCAAACAAGCUUCUCAUCCCGUGGGUGAAAUUAGGGAUUGAACAAUUAAAAUAGUGGGCUAACAGUAUGUGGGCAUGAUUCUCAAAGAGCAGGCCCAAUCAAUUAUUCUUCCAGCAGGCUGGUAUUCUGAAUAACACAGGCUUCGGCCCAAAUACAAGUAAGUGCCACAAAAAAUUUUCCUCCUAUUUUAUGCAUUAAAUAUGGAGCAAAAUAGCUUUGCCACUAUUAAAAAAAAGGUUUUACUACUAUUAUUGUUGCCACCACCAUUCUGGCCGGUUAAAAUCCCCAAGGUGGUGCAACCGAAGCUCUAGUCUACUGAACAUCUUUAUUUGAUGAUUUGAAUUAUAUUUGGGUCCCUCGACCUACCCUAGCCACCUUUAUUUGGUGACUCGGGCAUCUAAAAAUGAGAGCCGCUACCGGCCGCACACGACAUUAUGCCUAAAAGCGGUAAACGGUACACCUCGUUCUAGGCGACGCUAAUCGCGUCGCCCAAAAGCCGUUGCCAUGAACAACGCACCUAUUGUAUUCUGCUUAUUUUUUGAAAAUGUAAAUAGAAGAUACCAUGUAUCGUGUCAGCAACCUUAGAGCGAAAGGCUCAGGUAUGCUCAACAUUGUAUUUCGUAUCAGCCCCCCUUAGAGCGAAAGGCUCAGGUCUAGCUGAGAGAGCACACCGUUUCGGCCCCUUAGAACGAGACGCUCGGGUAUGGCUAACGGUGUCCCCAGGACGAGGGGCCCGCAAACGGCCCGCGUCUUGAAAUGGGAAGCUCACCGCGUCGUCCACGGGCCAGAUCGCAGGACGACCGGUCUGAAAUCAUGGCCGAGGUGACAAAAUCCCCAAACUCGGGGUUGGGAAACGGCAGUCGUCGGAUACCGACCAAAAGCCUAGCCCGCGUCAUAAAUAGGCGACGAGACCUCCCCGAGACCAUAGGGCGAUCUAUACGAC